AUGACAGACACCACUACGCACAUGCGCAUCGCCUUCGUGAGCGGCUGGCUGGCCGGGGCCUGCCGACGAACUCGUCCCGCCUCAUGCUCGCAUGUGUUUCUUCAUCUCUAUCUGAGAGCCAUGUGUUCCAACCCGCUGACUGAGGCCUCGGCGGCGCUGGGAAGCCAGGAUUUCGACGUCGAUAGGCAGUAUGGGUGGGUCGGGUCGGCGACGGCGCGUUCGUCGUGCAUGACGUCCCUGAGGACAGGUCGCUCGUGCACCUGGGCUGCGCCUAGUGGCGUGGUGAUGGCCCACCCUGGUCCUCGACUAGCCGAACCCGCAGGUUAUUCGCAGUGGGAGCAGAAGUCGACGCUGACGCACGCGAGGGGUCGCGUGUACAUUGUCGGCGACGUGGCACACGCCACAACAUGGUGGCAGGGCGCGGGCGCAGGGCAGGCGUUUGAGGGCGCGGCGAUUCUGGGGGCGCUCUUUGGCCGCGUGGCGCGCCCUGGGGAUAUUGACGCGGCUUUCAAGGCGUUUGACGCGGCGAGGCGGCCGAGGCUGAAGGCGGCGUUUGCCCCGCGCUGGGCCUUCAUCUCCAGCCUCGACCUCGACGAGUACAAGCGGGAGGCUCUGGAUACAAGUUCAGACUCGCAGGAGGCGGGCGUGCUGCACGCCGAAAGCUGGUGGUUCAAGUGAUGGUCAUUGUUGUCUAUGUCUAUCUAGAAGAAAGAGGUGGCCGUAGGCUACUUAUAUGGAAUCUAGGACCCCUACGCCUCCACCGCCGCCUGUGUGGCUGAUGAAUGCGUUGCUACAGCCACCUCUAUGUGGCUGGAAUGCGCGUUGUUCCAACAUUUUCAUUCGGCCCAGCUCCACGCAGCGUGAUCCGAUACGCGGCUUCUGUAUUGUAGUUAUCGAUUUCCUCAUCGAGUGUGAACCUCUAGCAGCAUCUCUCGCACUCCGUGGUCCAGCCGUCUGCUAGGCUAUCCUUCCGUAAUGUUGGUGUGCCUCUAGUGUGCGAAAUCACUGCGCGUUGGCCG